GCUGUACGUCAUUGCGUCACUCCAAACCUAGAGCUUUUAUCUUGAAUUGUACGUCUUAAAUUGAUUGUGCCAUGAUAACAAAAUGGCAUCAUUUAAUAGUUUGAAAAUGUAGAUCCUCGUAGACUAUUUCUGCAUAUUAUUAAAGCACCGCUAUAGUCUCGUUUGGACGAAUCAGAUGCCGUGUCCUCAUCCGGGUAAUUUAAUGACCUUUGGACGCCUAUUCGUUCUGCAGUGAGGCUGGAAUAUGAAGCUCCACGCCCUACUGGUGCUCCUCUUCUGCUUGAUGAUAGCUGCUUGUUUGUCCUUGGUGCCAGGCUUCAGGUCUACAGUAAGCGAGCUCCGUCAGCCUGCUGCUCUGUCCUGUGAAGUCAGAUGUUCAGGUCCAGUGAAAUGGAUCAAGAUCCAGAAGCCGAGCGGAGAUGUCGUCGUGGCUCGGUGUGAUGAGACGUCCUGCAGCCAAGAGGCGGGGUUUAACAUCUCCCAUGAUCAGUACCUGAAAGGGAAUCUCUCUCUCACCAUCACUGCAGCUGAUUACAGUAAACGCGGCUGGUACACGUGUCAGUGUGAGGGCAAGGACGUGUGUGACGUGAGUCUACGCAUUAAAUCUGUUGGGUACCUGCAGCAGAGACGUCCUGGAGAGUCCCUGGUGCUGGAUUUUCAGGUUCCUGAGCGAUUGAAGGUUGUGUUAAACAGGAGAGAUGGUGGUGGUGGUGGUGGUGCUGGUGGAGCUCAGAGUUCGGUCUCGGUCCCAGUGUGUAGUGUAGAUGGGCGUAAACUUCACUGUGUUGAUGAAUACAGGAAGCGAGCGUCUCUGAAGUGUUUCCUGAAUCUGAGUGCAGUGCAGGAGGAUGAUGCCGGUGUGUACAGCAUCUGGGACACUGAGAAUGACGAGCUUAUAUCUACACACACUCUCACACUCACAGGGAAUAACACAGACACCAACAGCACACUGCCUUCUGAAGUUAUAGUAGAGAGCUGGAGCCCGAGGUGGAUCUUUAAGAAGGAGUUCAGAGGACUGAUUGUGGGAGGUGUAAUGGGGUUGGUCAGCGGGGUUCUGCUUAUGUUUUCUGCUGGAUGGAUAAAGAUGGGCUGCAGUCGUAUCACGGCGAAGGUGGGAAAGUGUUGGAGAGGCGACAGCACACAGCAGACUGAUCGUGAAGAAGACAUCAAGCUGCAGAUGUACGCUAAUGAUCAAGAUGAUCCAUCUAUUACUUACCGUUAGGAGCCAUGCUUUAGUUACGUGGGUCUACAGACACACACACACACGCACAAACACACAUACACGAAUCCUAAAAGUCUGUAAUGUCUGCUGUUAGAUUUCACUUCUCUUUGAGAAUCCAUUAUGUGAUGGUGCAGUAAUCAUCCCUCACGGCCACAUGGCCCAGUCACGGGAAUGAAACACCUCUAGCUGGUUCUCUGUCUGCGCCGAGGACGAGGUGUUCCUGCUGAACCUCACACACACUCACCUAACAGCAGUGCUGAGAUCAGACAAGCCAAACUCAAUGGAAACUCUACUUAAAAUCAGGAGCUGUUUUAUUUGUCCAGCACAUUAAAGAUCUCAGGUCAGUCCGAGCCAUUCAAUAAAUAAUACAACCCCAAUAAAAUGAAAGAAAUCAAUAAUCAGCAUUAAUAGAGAAGAGCAUAUGUGAGCUCAAACCUGUCCGACUGCAGGGAGAGGCAACGCUAAAGCUUUUUAAUUGGGUUUGAAUAUAUUUUGCUGUGGGAGAUGAACUUUAUAAAAAGUCAGGAGUCUGAUCUGCUCCGGUGAAUUAAUCUGGUACAAAUAAAAAAUUAGUAAAUACUAAACAAAUCUGUAAAGAAGUUUACGAAUGUCAACAGAUUUUUUUUUAUUUGAUUUGAUUUGAUUUAUUUUUCUGUUAAAUUUCAUGCAUGUUUAUGUAUUUCUUUAUAUAAUAAUUUCCUUUUUUAUUAUUAUUUCUUUCUAAUUGUCCUUUCAUAAUGUUUUUGAAAUAAACAACUGUAU